GAGCUGACAUGUUUGAACACUGGUCUCAUAAGGAAGUACACGGGGCACUUCUUUUUUAUUGCAAGUGCAGCAGCCUUCUUAGUGAAAGCUUAUGAACAUAUGUUUUGAUGAAAGACUGAAAACAUUAAAUAGAAGAAGUGAACUUGCAAGGCUGGCUCUAGCAAAACAAGCCUAGCCACUGGAAGAGGAGGAGAAAGAAUUGAGAUCAGCGGGCACUCAGGGCUGCUGGUGCAAUAGACCCGGAAGGGACCAAGAUGUCUUCGCCAAGUGAUGUCUGUAUGGAAGCAAUACCGCUGGAAGAUGAUGAGCGAGACAGCAUAGAAUACAGGAUUCUAAUGGCCUACGCCCGGAGGCGGUUGUCCGUUAGUAGAUAUGGAAAACUUCUGAAAAAUGAGGCCAAUGUGCAGAAAUCAUCGUCCUUAAUCGGGAGAAGAGCGGGAAUUCAAUUCCAGGGUGGCCGGGUGGAACUGCAGGGCAGAAAGGAUGCAAACCCAAAAUAUCAUCCAGGAUACUGUUUACCUGUUCUCUGUGGCAGAGCAGAGCAGGAAAACCCCCAAACACUGUUAUGGAACCAAGGUCACAGGGCAUAUUUCUUAAAAUUUAAGGCACAAUCUGCGAGCCUUCAAGAAGAGAAUUCUCAGCAUCAGACAACAGGUGAAACAGCAGAUGUCAACCACAUUGCAGACAAACUUGUCAAGCUUGUUACUGCCAGAUCCCAGGAACCUCCUUCAGAUGAGUCUUUCAAGAUAACAUGUCAAUAUCGGACUCUGCGUGAAAAACAAGAUGAUAGUGAUCCUACUGUUGGAAGUGAGGGUGAGGAACACGACGAAGAAAAGAUAAUACAAACAAUAGUUUCACUGUUAAGACAAUCAGGGGACCAACUAGAAGAAAAGAUCAAAAAGGACAGGGUUUUCUAUCAGUGCUUUAAAGACAUGCUGUCCUACCCCUUCUUCAAGAGGAUCACUGAUGUGUUGCUGGAGGAUGUCUCAGCGGCUUCAACAAGAGAACCAGGAGGCCGCAUACAAUGCACAAAAGUUGCCUUUGCAAUGGAAGUUGCCGCCAGACUUACUGCUGUGGACAACCAUCCUAUGAACGUGGUCUUGGGCUUCGGAUUAAAGUACCUCAGAGAACACUUCAAGCCAUGGAUUCAGGACCAGGGUGGCUGGGAGAAGGCUUUGACUUCACUGGAUCAGGAAGAAGUAGAGUAAUCAUGACUGAAUUCAUUCUUCAGGGUGCAUGAGCCUUCCAUUAAGGAACACACAGGAUCUUGCUGCAAUCCUAUGCCAGAAUAAUUAGUGGCUAUGUCUUUUUAUUUUUUCCAUGUAAGGUUGGAGUGUUGCAUGGCUAACUCAAAUGGGUACAGUUGCAUUUUCUUAAAGUUGGUAUUGAUGUAGAAGUGGUCUUCAGUGGAUAUGAAGGCACUUCCAACUCUCCUGGGGCAUUCAGACCCACAGAUAGUGAUUUCAGGUACCUUUCCAAGUAGAGAUGCUUGCUACUACUGCUACGGAUGGAUGUUAAAGUGCAAACAGGAGGAAAAUAUCAAAAUAUGCAAUCAAGAACCACUGGACUGUGAUCAACCAUCAACCAAGUGAGACAAGUGCUGCCAGGUCUGUGUGGUUCAUAGUGGUACCAUAUGUUAUCAGUUCUACAGUCCCUUGUUAGAAGAUACACCUACACACUGCUAUCAGAUUCCUCUCUCCCUCUUUCUCUGAUUAGAUUUUCCAAAUUACUGAUGCCAUUUUAUACUUUUGAAAGGGACAAAGUAAGGUUAAUGAGGGAUUUUUACUCCAGUGCCUUCCCCGUACACCCAAGAAAAACAAUUCAUCUGCCUACAGAUGCUUUUAAUUUGAACUCUUUUGUUUUAAACCCUUUCAAAGCAUAGUGCAAUAGAAGUUGACUUUUACAGCAUUAUUUUGUCCAUUAAUGUGGAAGAUGCAAAUGUUGUGAGAGCUUUGUAGUCCAAGAAAUUUAAAACUUAUCCUACUGUGUCACUUUUCCUCCUUAUUCAGGAGCUCAAUGCUAUGUGUAAUCUCAGGGAUUUCUCUGUAAAUUGAACUGGCCCUUCAGCCAUUGAAAACAAGUGAUCUGAGUUCUUGAAUCUGUCUAUGCGGCAGGGGUAGGACUAACAGUGCAUCAUUUAGAGUAGAGGCAGAUGCCAGUGAAACUAUUCGUGAUUUUGAGGCUUAGUUUGUGACCCAUUUAGUUGAUGACUUUUGGAUUUCCAUCCCCCGCAAGUCCCCAGGGGAGAAAGAGGGAACUCAGGACAUUUGCUGAAGCUGUGAAACCAUGGCAUCGCUUCUGUGAUUUUCCAGUACAAACAGGUAAUGAAGCCUGAACAGGCUCUCUGCCUCUCAGUAAGAAGCCCUUCCAUUACGGGUAUUCAUUCUGUGCGUACAAGUACGUUAACUACAAAGAUUGCAUCAAGAAGUUGUUAACAAAUCAUGAAUUUGAAUGACAGUGACAAAAACCAUUUUAACUGGAAGUGCAAAAUAUGCAAUGCUAUCAAAGAUCAAGUAUUUUUCUAAUAAACCUUAAACUUUCAACUCGUGUAGCAAACUCUGCCUCUGUUUGGACAUGUAUGUGUGAAACAAAAGACAGAGAAGUUGGCAGCGAGUUACCUUUGUUUCCCUUCUUCAAAGGAG